AGCUGCUUCCGGGUCAAUGCAGGACACUGGUUUGCGGCCUGAGUUGGGAACGAGGUGAAGCGGCGCGGGCCGGGGGUGGCCGGGACCGCGCCGAGGCCGAGCGGCUGCCGUGGCGCUGCCGGGAGGGGGGCGGCAGGCGCAGCUCAGGGAGCCGCCGCGGAGCCCCGCCUCCCGGGCUGCGGGGAAAGGAAGAUGGAGCAACCUAGUGGGAGGAGUUUUAUGCAAGUGUUAUGUGAAAAAUAUAGUCCUGAAAAUUUUCCUUACCGCCGUGGUCCUGGCGUGGGAGUCCACGUCCCAGCUACACCUCAGGGCUCUCCUAUGAAAGACCGCCUCAACCUCCCAAGCGUCCUGGUGUUGAACAGCUGCGGGAUCACCUGUGCGGGAGAUGAGAAGGAAAUUGCCGCCUUCUGUGCUCAUGUGUCAGAACUAGAUCUUUCUGACAACAAACUCGAAGACUGGCAUGAGGUCAGUAAAAUUGUGUCAAAUGUUCCCCAGUUGGAGUUUCUAAACCUGAGUUCCAACCCUCUGAAUUUGUCGGUUUUAGAAAGAACGUGUGCUGGGUCCUUCUCUGGGGUUCGCAAACUUGUCCUCAAUAACAGCAAAGCUUCCUGGGAGACAGUCCACACUAUACUGCAGGAGUUACCAGAUUUGGAGGAGCUCUUCCUGUGCCUUAAUGACUAUGAAACAGUGUCUUGUCCUUCUAUUUGCUGUCAUUCUCUGAAGCUCCUGCACAUAACAGACAAUAACCUCCAAGACUGGACUGAAAUACGAAAGUUAGGAGUUAUGUUUCCUUCACUAGAUACCCUCGUCCUGGCCAACAAUCACUUGAAUGCUAUUGAGGAGCCUGAUGAUUCUUUGGCCAGGUUGUUCCCUAAUCUGCGAUCCAUCAGCCUCCACAAGUCAGGUUUGCAGUCCUGGGAAGACAUUGACAAACUAAAUUCAUUCCCCAAACUUGAAGAAGUGAGAUUGUUAGGAAUUCCUCUUCUGCAGCCAUACACCACGGAGGAGCGAAGGAAGUUGGUGAUAGCCAGAUUGCCAUCAGUUUCCAAACUUAAUGGCAGUGUUGUUACCGACAGUGAGCGAGAAGAUUCUGAGAGAUUUUUUAUUCGUUACUAUGUGGAUGUUCCACAGGAAGAAGUACCAUGCAGCGUAUUUCUUCUGCCUUGCACUGGGUAUCAUGAACUGAUCACAAAAUAUGGAAAGUUGGAGCCUUUGGCAGAAGUGGAUCUAAGACCCCAGAGCAGUGCAAAAGUAGAAGUCCACUUUAACGAUCAGGUAGAGGAAGUGAACAUUCGUUUGGACCAGACAGUUGCAGAACUAAAGAAACAAUUAAAAACUCUAGUGCAGUUACCCACAAGCAACAUGCUUCUCUACUAUUUUGACCAUGAAGCACCCUUUGGACCAGAGGAAAUGAAGUACAGCUCUCGGGCAUUGCAUUCCUUUGGGAUUAGGGAUGGAGAUAAAAUUUAUGUGGAAUCCAAAACAAAAUAACCUCUACCAGACAUGUCAAAACACACACAUAAGGACUUCCUGCGGGGCAUUUGUUUCCACGUAAUUUUCUUUAUGAGGGAGAAGAUUGUUUUUGUUUUGAUUUGUUUUGCUAGUUAGGUUUAGCGGGGCAUAUAUAAUUACUCCUAGAAUGGGUAGGGGGCUGUUUGGGGUAUUUUUUUACUGAGGUUUCUGUGGCUCAGCCAGCAGAACUGGCCACAUCUCCAGGCCGUGUGCCCUCUCUCAUGGAAGGAUGACUGAGAAAUCACCGUCUUACUGUGUCCGCUGGGAUUUGCCUCCUGCUUCACUACCAUUACCGUUCACAUACACUUGUGGAGACGGCAGGAACAGUGCCUCCCUUCAGAGGGGUGUCGUAGAGUACUUCAGUCAGGAACGAGGAUCUCCACAGGAAGGGCCGGCCCUUUGCUCUCCCAGGUCCUCACUUUCCCUUCCUCUCCCUCUUUUUCUUGUUCUGGUUCAGUGUUUCAUUUUGACCUGUGUCAGCCCAUAUGUACUAAUAGUUUUAUUCUGUCCAUAAUUAACUUCUCAGGUUGGGUGAUUUUUUUUCCUUCAUUUCUCCCUUUUGAAAUAAUUUAAAGUGUUUUAAGCAUUUUUCAACCUGAUUCUGAUCUCAGGUGCUCAGUUAGAACCUACAGUUCUGUUAGGACCUUGAAGAAGAGCAGAUGGAGAGGCCGUUACUAUGCAGAGCCUGCCGGAGCAGUCAGGUCUCUCUCUGUCUGUAACUAUCUCAGUUUUAAUGUUCUUCACACAUUGUAUCAACCAUUACUUUCAUAACAUGAAAUAGGUCAGAUUCCAGAGUUUUUUAUUUUUCCUAAUUGAAUGUAUUUCCUCACAGCUCUCUUUUUCAUUACUUUAAACUACUGGGAGUAGAGACCUGACUUUCUGAAGAAUCCAAUAGAAUAAUGCAUAUACGUGCCAGGAGAGCUGAGAAUCAGCUAAUGGAUCACAGUGUGUGUGAAGACGUUGAGUGGGAAGAACGGGUGGGGGGUGGGGAGGGGGAGGUGAGAGUGUUGGUGGUUUACGGGGUUGCUCUUGCACUUUGCAUAAAAGAGGGAAAUUGUAAUCAAAGGGAGCUUUGGUUCCCAGUUCUUCCCUGGGAUUUUGUGAUGUCAUAAUUGAACAAGUCUUUUUGUUUUACAUUUUAAUUUAGUUCCUCUACAGAAGAUCAACUCUAAUGAGUAAAAUAUUAACUGUCAAAACUUCAGAAUUGCCUCCAAGUCAUAUUUUUUGCAGAAGCAUAUUUAAAGCACUUUUCUUUAAAAGCUAGUUCCUUACUUGCUCUGAAAUCUAUUUGUUCUUCUAUCCCUUUGUUAAUCAGUGCAGUCCCUUUCUUUAACAUUUGUCUUUCUUGAUCCACCAUGUUUAUUGGUGGGAGACUUGAGAAGGACUUCACUUAACUGGGGCAGAAAGAAGAUGUGUACAUGAUGUAUUUUUCAAAGAAUGUAAUCAUUAUGAUUGUUUGAUGUUUUGACCUUUCUACAUGAUUCCACUGCUCCUACAAAUUUCUUAUCAGAUUCUUUGUGACUCGUAAAUUCUUUAUGUAUAUGGCGUUGUGUUUGUUAUCGCUACUUUUUAAAUUUUUCUAUGCCAUAAUAGCAGAUGUUUAUUCUCUUAAUGCACUUCAGGUUCAGUAUUUGUGAAGCCUUUGACCCAGCCCUCUGAGUCAAAUCUACAUUCACUGUAACAUUAAAGGUGGAAACCAAAGGGUUUGAGAAAGAUGAAUGUGAGGCCUCUUCUCCUUCUGCUGCAGAUUUUAUCUUUCAAAAUCAUAAAAAUGAGCUGUGGUGAUCCAGGCUGGGUAUAGACAAGAAUAAUUAUUUUGCAAUCAUAAUUUCCUGACAUAUUUUUGGAAGUGGGAAAAAGUGUGGCCACAGUGUCAUGAAGAUUAAAGCUGCAGAUUCUUUGCGCAUGUGUGCGUGAGUGCGGAUGAGCUGAGAGAGAAACAGCAGGACUGAGCCCUUUGCUUUUGUCAGCCUGGGCAGCGGGUGCUCUCCUAUUUUUUGAGGCUGGGUAUAACCCCCAACUGUCCCCACAGCAGAAGGCAGAACACUUACGUCACGCUUUAAUCAUAAGUGGAAUGGUCACAAUUAAUUAGAUAUUUUAUAUAUGACAAAGUUUUAUGAAACGCUUUUUUACUAUUAGAGACCUGUCCUUUUCUGUUAUUACAGAACACAGUGUCCAUCAACUGCAGGUAUAAUUCUUCUGUUACACACUUGCAUGUCAGGGGAACUUCUCAUUUAAUUCUGUGGACGUGGGUAUUUUAGGCCAUUGUAAUUGAUAGUUUUAAUAAUUGCCGAAGAAUUUUUGAUUGAGCCAAAAUCUAAUACAGUUACUGGUCUUUUAGAAUUACAGAAGUAAAUGAGAAAAGCUAUUUGAGCAUGUGUACUUGUAGAUUUAUUUGGGUGGCUGAGUAAAGAUGCUUCUUUUAAAAUAAAAUUGGUGCUGUGUAGACACUUGUAACCAAAAUUAUUUCUAAAACAGGACGAAGGAGAGCAGACACCACAGACCUUUCAGUGUACAAGUUAUGCAUAGUUGAUUGCAGCUGCUUAUUUGUAUUUUAAUAUUGACUUCACCUUGGUUCAGUAAGAGCAUAUUAUUGACUUUUAUGAGUCAAAAUGCUGUCAUAGCCAGUAUUACAGAUUCAUUGCUAUAGCACAGUGUAUAGAACAUCUUUCCUAAAACAGAAAUUCUUUUCAGUUACGAAAAAGGAAAGGAGUAGUAAAAGAAAUCCAAAUAAAAACCAAGAACUAUGGGCAUGUAACUGCUGAAGCCACAGUAGAAAUCAGUUUUCUAGGUUGAAUUAUUGAAAUAUCCCAGAAUGUUUUAAAGAAAAAUAAAGUUCAGACUCAUGUCUUUAUUAUUAAAAGUUUCAGUUGUUUCUGCAACCUGUCACCACCAUUGCCAUAAAUACGUGAAAGCAGCAAAUGUUAUCAAAUCUUGUUUCUUUAAAACCUUUAGAUGAAAACAUGAGUUAUGUGUAAAACAUGAGUUAUGUGUAAUACAGCCUGGUGUUAUUAUGCUAUGUUUUAAAAUUUUGUUCACUUAACAAGAUGAAAGUGCCGUCGAGACCACGGGUGUCCUCUGUUGGAAGUCAGCCGCGUUCUGAGCGCAGAGUGCUUGCGCUUCCCGAGGCACCAUGGGAGGCACGCGGGUGCUCACCAGUGGGAUCGACCAGCGGCGUGGGAAGCACGCAUGCAGUUCUGAGCCGUGUCAUUUCUGUUUGCGAAUUUGACUUUUCCAUUUGUUUCAUGUUAUACUGAAAAUACAAACUGCUUUCAAGAACACCCAGAAGCUAUCUGUGUUACCAGAAGUGUUGUGAACACUGUUUUCCAUAGGUGCUUCCUUAAAAUGUGUGUCUGCUGUAAUGAUGGAGAGGGACUGGACUCUCUCAGGCUCUUUACUUGCCCGUCGUCUCCUGCAGUUAAUGGAAAUAUAUAUAUUUUAUUUUAGAAUAUAAUUUAAACAUGUUCUUUGCACUUUUUAUUAAUAUAUAUAGAU